UACCCAAACGACGACGCCGCCACCACCGCAAAAGCAGCAAAACCUUAGCUUGUUCACCACCACAACCGCCAGCCAUGGCGGCGACGGAUCAUGAGGUUGAGGAGGCGGUGGCGAAGGCGAGAGAGGACGACAAGAGCCGGCGGCAGGUGGACGGCUUCGACGCUGGGAAGGCGCCGCCGUUCCGCAUUGGCGACGUGCGGGCGGCGGUGCCGGAGCACUGCUGGCGCAAGAGCCCCUGGCGGUCGCUGUGGUACGUGGUGCGGGACGUGGCGGUGGUGGUGGCGCUGGGAGCGGCGGCGGCGGCCAUGGAUAGCUGGGCGGUGUGGCCGCUCUACUGGGCGGUGCAGGGGACCAUGUUCUGGGCGUUCUUCGUCUUGGGACACGACUGUGGUCAUGGGAGCUUCUCGGACAACGCGACGCUUAACAGCGUGGUUGGUCAUCUCCUCCACUCCUUCAUCCUCAUCCCCUACCAUGGAUGGAGGAUCAGCCACAGAACACAUCAUCAGAACCACGGCCACGUCGACAGGGACGAGUCAUGGCACCCGCUGACGGAGCGGCGGUACCGGCGAUUGCCUCCUCGCGCAAAGAAGCUAAGAUUCACGCCCCCCUUCCCGCUGCUCUUAUUCCCCCUCUACCUGUUCUACAGGAGCCCUGGCAAGAGGGGCUCUCACUUUCUUCCCAGCAGCCCACUGUUCAGCCCCAAGGACAAGGGCGACGUCAUACUCUCGACCACCUGCUGGUGCAUCAUGCUCGCCUUCCUCCUCGCCAUGUCGUGCGCGUUCGGCCCACUCCAGGUGCUCAAGAUGUACGGCGUUCCAUACCUGGUGUCUGUGAUGUGGCUUGACUUGGUGACUUACCUGCACCACCAUGGGCACCAGGAGCGCCUCCCCUGGUACCGCGGCGAGGAAUGGAGCUACCUCCGCGGCGGGCUGACGACGGUGGACAGAGACUACGGCUGGAUCAACAGCAUCCACCACGACAUCGGCACCCAUGUCAUCCACCACCUCUUCCCGCAGAUCCCGCACUACCAUCUCGUCGAAGCUACCAAGGCAGCCAAGCCGGUGCUGGGGCGAUACUACCGGGAGCCACACAAGUCAGGGCCGCUGCCACUUCACCUCCUUGGCGUGCUCCUCAGGAGCCUCAGAGUCGACCACUUCGUCAGCGACCAUGGCGAUGUUGUCUACUACCAAACUGACCAUCACCUCAACGACACUACUACUGAUGAUGCUCAUAAGCAAAAAUGACUUGCAUCAUUGCUGGGAGGGAUCCAUUCCAUGCCUGCGCUUUGCCAGCUGGGAAUAAUGAUAGAUGCCCGUACGUACGUCUCGAUAUGCAUACGGUUGAUGUUGGUGUUGAAUACCUCGCGCUCUCGUAUUCGUAUACGGAGUAGUAGGUGAAGUCAGUUGGUGCAAUGUAUUCCAUCUGUUCGUGGCCUAUAUAUUAUGCAAAAAAAUAAUGUCAGAAUAAUUAAAUCACAUGUGUGAGAUUGAAUAAAUAACCAAUUUCUCCGCAUCGUUUAUA